AUGUCUGACGAAACUGUUGUGCUCAUCACUGGCGCGAAUAGGGGCAAGUACAUUUCCAUCUUAUCCCUUUCAACUCAAUGCCUUCAAGGCAUCCCCUUGAAGUCAAUAUCAACUAAUACCUUUUCAGGCCUAGGUCUCGGCCUCGCAACACUCUACCUCAACCAACACAACACCCGCGUCAUCCUCACCGCACGCACGGACGACCCAUCCAGCAUUCUCAAAGCCCUUCCCAAUACUUAUCCCGGUACACUGCACGGCAUCUACAACCUCGACAGUGCCUCCACCACCGACACAAUUGCUCUCCGCUCAUCACUCCUCUCCCAGGAACACAAAAUCCCGAAAAUCGACAUCAUAGUCGCAAACGCCGGCGUGGGCGCCCCCUUUGACACCAUUCUCGACGCCCCCAUUGACGCGCUUGAGCAGUUCUAUCGCGUCAAUGCCCUAGGUCCCGUGCGGCUGUAUCAACAACUCUGGAAAGAUCUGCUCGAGAAAUCGGCGAAUCCGAGAUUUAUUCUUGUGAGUUCGGUGCUUGGAUCGUUGGCUUAUGUUGAUUCGACACCAUGUGGUGGGUAUGGAGCGUCGAAGGCCGCGGGGAAUUACUUUGUGAGGAAGAUGCAUGAGGAGAAUGGGCGGUUGGUGGCUGUUGCUAUCCAUCCGGGAUGGGUCAAGACGGAUAAUGGGCAGGCUUAUGCUGAUGCUGUUAAUGUUCCUGAGCCGCCGACAGACGUGGAGGCCUCGGUCAAUGCAAUUUUUCAGCUGGUAUCUGAAGCUAUACGAGAAGGCACGUCUGGAAAGUUUAUUGAUGUCAUGAGUGGAAGCGAGAUCCCGUGGUAG